CAAAAAUAGAACUGCAGGAGAAGGUUCACUUCCCAGAGGUUCAGUUUCAUCCCAGCAAUGGAUGCAGGCACACCUCCAAAGGCGUAUGGAAAUCCGCCGGCUCCUAUUCCAGCAUGAGCAAAACAAGCCCAAUUUGAUCGGUGAAAUCUAAUCCACAGCUUCUGCUUGUUUGUUUUGCAUCUUCCAAUAAGACAGUGCACAUUUGCUCUGAGUUUUGGCUGAAGUGCUGGGCUUACCUUGCUUUGAGUUUUGAUUGUGUUUGCGGGGAAAAAAUCGAGAGCUUCAGGAGCUGGAGCUUACCUGUUGGUCCUCAUGGUUUGAGAAGGUGAAGAAUGAUGGAAACAAGAUUUAUUCUGCUUUUCUGCCUGUGAAUCAGCAAAAAGGGGGAAGAGGAAGAAGAGCUGGUUGUGGACGGUCCUUCCUGCUGUGGGUGGCAGCCCUGGGUGGUGCCAGCACUCAGGGACGGCGUCAUUGCCUCUGAGAAGGGGGGACUGGCAGCCAACAGGCACUUGGACAUUUUGUGAUAGCCACACUGGGUUGUUAUCUCGAGAACUGAAGGCCACAUGUGAGCUUGGCAGAACUUCUUGAUCCAGUCCUAUUUGAGCUGGUUGCUUGUUUAAUUCCAAAGGUCGUGUUGAUCAUGGACAGUGAAGAAAUCCCUACUUUUUCGAGUCCAAAGGAAGAAACUGCAUAUUGGAAAGAGCUUUCCUUGAAGUACAAACAAAGCUUCCAGGAGGCUCGUGAAGAGCUGGCUGAAUUCCAGGAGGGAAGCAGGGAAUUAGAAGCUGAGUUGGAGGCACAGCUAGUGCAAGCUGAGCAGAGGAACAGAGAUUUGCAAGCAGAUAACCAAAGACUGAAAUAUGAAGUGGAAACAUUAAAGGAGAAGCUGGAGCACCAGUAUGCCCAGAGUUACAAGCAGGUGUCGUUGCUGGAGGAUGACCUGAGCCAGACAAGAGCCAUCAAAGAUCAGCUGCACAAAUAUGUGAGGGAGCUGGAACAGGCCAAUGAUGACCUGGAACGUGCAAAGAGGGCAACAAUAGUUUCAUUGGAAGACUUUGAACAAAGGCUGAACCAAGCUAUUGAGAGAAAUGCAUUUUUAGAAAGCGAACUGGAUGACAAGGAGUCAUUGCUGGUCUCUGUACAGAGAUUAAAGGAUGAAGCAAGAGACCUGCGGCAGGAGCUGGCUGUGAGGGAACGGCAGCAGGAGGUGACCCGGAAAUCAGCACCCAGCUCUCCCACUCUGGACUGUGAGAAGAUGGAUUCAGCUGUCCAGGCCUCUCUCUCCUUGCCAGCUACACCCGUUGGAAAAGGAUCAGAAAAUAGUUUUCCUUCCCCAAAAGCUAUACCAAAUGGGUUUGGUACCAGCCCACUGACUCCUUCAGCUCGAAUAUCUGCACUCAACAUCGUGGGGGAUCUGCUACGGAAAGUGGGGGCCUUAGAAUCCAAACUAGCUGCUUGCAGGAAUUUUGCGAAGGACCAGGCCUCACGGAAAUCCUACAUUUCAGGGAACAUCAACAGCGCCGUGAUGAGCAGCAACGGCACAAAGUACCCACACCCAGGGCACACCUCCUUCUUCGACAAGGGGGCAGUGAACGGCUUUGACCAAGGGCCCCCGGGCCUGGGGGGCUCCCGACCGUCCUCGGCGCCGGGAAUGCUCCCCCUGAGCGUAUGAGCCGCGGGAGAUUGGACUUGGAUGCUUUUCUCAGCCCACCUCGAGAAGAACUGCUCCCGAUUCCUCCCCAUUCCCACCCACCCCGCUGGAACAUGACCCUGAGAGGAGACCCCGAGCCCACGGCCCUCCAUGUCCUCCUGUCAAUACAGUUUGUUUUCUGCUGUC